AAUAAAUAAAUAAAUAAAUAAAUAAAUAAAUAAAUAAAUAAGCAAACAAGUAAAUAAAUAGAUAGAUAGAUAGAUAGAUAGAUAGAUAGAUAGAUAGAUAGAUAGAUAGAUAGAUAAAUAAAUAAAUAAAUAGAUAGAUAUAUUUGUAGUUCAAGUGAACUUCCUAGUCGAACACCGUUGCCAUAGGAACGAUGCCCCGCCCCAUGGAAGGCGUUGACCAAUGACGUGCGUCUAUUAUAAAACACUACUUUUGCACGUGUCAGGAGGAUCGUGCGUUGUUUUUAGGCGAGUUUUUGUCUCAGAAGUGAAAAGAUCUUCAGUGAUCAUGUCCGAAAAGAAAAGGAACCUGAAGCGCAAAGGAGAGCCGGUGAAAGAUGUGGAGAAGCUUUCAGCAGCCCGUGGAGCGAACAGAGGAAGAGGAGGAGGAGGAGGAGUGAUGGAGGAGAUCCACAGAAACUCAGCUGAGUUUAAGUUCAACAUGAAGCGACUCCGGUUCCUGUCUGACGCCCAGAGAGUGAGACAGGGCUGUGGGGCAGUGCUGUACUGGAUGGUCCGGGAUCAGAGAGUGCAGGAUAACUGGGCACUGGUUUACGCUCAGCAGCUCGCGCUGGAGGAGAAAUUGCCUCUACACGUGUGUUUCUGCCUCGUGCCGCGGUAUUUAGAGUCGACUUAUCGCCAGUACGCCUUCAUGCUCAGGGGACUACAGGAAGUGGCCGAGGAGUGCACAAGCCUGGACAUUCAGUUUCACCUCCUUAGCGGCGAGCCCGAGCUGACGCUGCCCAGUUUUGUGAAGCGCUGGGACGUCGGCGGCGUAGUGACUGAUUUUAACCCUCUCAGACUUCCACUGCAGUGGACUGAACGAGUGAAAAAGGAGCUUCCACCAGACGUCCCCUUCAUUCAGGUCGACGCCCAUAACGUGGUGCCGUGCUGGGAGGCGUCGAAUAAACUGGAGUACGCAGCGAGGACCAUCCGAGGGAAAAUCACCAAACUCCUCCCAGAGUUCCUCACCGAAUUUCCUCUGGUGAAGCCACACCCUCACCCGUCUACCAGGAGGGCAAAGAAGGUAGACUGGCAGGAAGUGAUGUCAUCACUGGAGGUAGACCGCAGCGUCGUGGAGGUUUCGUGGGCGGCGCCGGGAACGACAGGAGGAACCGCCAUGCUCGAGUCUUUUAUAGAUAAGCGGCUGCGCCUGUUUGCCACUGAGAGAAACAACCCGAAUGCUGAUGCCCUUAGCCAGCUCUCACCGUGGAUCCACUCAGGUCAGAUAUCAGCCCAGCGUGUGCUGUUGGAGGUGCAGCGUUGUGGGAAACACUUGUCCGAGUCAGUGGCAACAUUCCAAGAGGAGUUGCUAGUGCGCAGAGAGCUGUGUGAUAACUUCUGCUUCUACAACGAGAACUACGACAACAUCAACGGUGCAUAUGAUUGGGCGAAGAAGACGCUGAUGGAUCACGCUAAAGACCCUCGGCCUUACCUGUACACUCAAGAGCAGCUGGAAAACGCAGACACCCACGACCAGCUGUGGAACGCUGCACAGAGGCAGCUCGUGUUAGAGGGGAAGAUGCACGGCUUUAUGCGCAUGUACUGGGCGAAGAAGAUUCUGGAGUGGACGGCUUCACCCGAGGAGGCGGUGAACAUCUCCAUCUACCUGAACGAUCGCUUCUCGCUGGACGGCUGCGACCCGAACGGAUACGUGGGUUGCAUGUGGUCCGUCUGUGGGAUUCAUGACCAGGGCUGGGCCGAGCGUCCCGUUUUCGGGAAAGUCCGCUACAUGAACUACGCAGGCUGCAAGCGCAAGUUUGAUGUGGGCAAAUUCGAGAGGAGGUACGCCGAGAAGAAGGCCUGAGAUGCUCACACACACACACACAAACACACUGGGCCUUUAUCCUCCACGUGUGUGUUCCAGUUGCUUCAUAGUCUGCCUGCAUGCUGAACUCCUUCUCUGUCAUUUAGAGCUUUAUGUUGCUGUAACUCUCAGCUUUCUGCUAAAACUGUUCACGAUUUUAUUUUUCGUAAACAUCAGGAAAACAAAUCCAGUUAAUUCCUCCAGAAAUAUAAAAAAGUGAGACGUUUGUGACGGUGUACGUAGCUGUAGCUGGAGCAGUCAUUUAACACACAGAUCUGGGGAUUUUAUUGUUUUAUAGCCAGUAAAUUUUAAUAAAAUGUCAAAUCUGAACUGCUUUGUUUGACUCAUAAAAAAAAUUUGUAUCUAAAA